AUGGCCAUUCUCAAACGAUUGCGGACAAGGCGCGCCGAGGAGGGCACUGAUCUAGUUGCGAGCUCAAGUCACCCUGGGCCGGCUGUUCAGAUCCUGAGCGUCGAGUCGCCGCCGGAUGACACGAAGCCUGAGGAUGGCGGAUGGGUAGCCUGGACUCAGGUCGCGGCAGCAUUUGCUUUAUACUUUCAUCAUCUCGGCCUCUUGAACAGCUUUGGCGUCUUCCAGACGUACUACGCCAGCCAUCUCUUCAAAGACUCGUCCCCGUCGGCGAUAUAA